GUAAACAACAGCUCGAGUAGUGAAGAUGGUGGAAGGAAAAUUGUGAUGGUUCUUGCAGCAACCAAUUUUCCUUGGGAUAUUGAUGAGGCGCUGAGGAGACGUCUGGAAAAACGUAUAUACAUACCUCUUCCCAAUUUUCAGAGUCGCAAAGAACUUAUCAAAAUUAACUUAAGGACUGUCGAGGUGGCUCAAGAUGUUGACAUUGAUGAAGUAGCUCACAGAACAGAAGGUUACAGUGGUGAUGAUUUGACUAAUGUAUGUCGGGAUGCAUCUCUAAAUGGUAUGAGGCGGAAAAUUGCUGGUAAGACGAGGGAUGAGAUAAAGAACAUGUCCAAGGAUGAAAUCUCCAAGGAUCCUGUGGCCAUGUGUGAUUUUGAGGAAGCCCUGACCAAGGUUCAGAGAAGUGUCUCUGCCGUUGAUAUCGAGCGACAUGAGAAAUGGUUUGCUGACUUUGGCUCAGCAUGAGAAUUGGAUUAUACUGACUAGAUUUAUUCACAUAUUCAUGUUCUUUUCAAAAAUCUGCAUCGCAACAUUUAGUUAAGCAUUUUUUUUAAUUAUAUUUUUUAUUUUUGCCCUUAAUUUUUUUGCAAUGUUUGGUAAGCAGCUCUGUACAGAACAUCCAUUAGAAUUUCAUCUGUGAACAUUGAUCCUCAA